AUGGCAGAAUCGGAGCCAUUUAUUCGCUUUCCAUCACGAAGAUCCGUAGUGUUCGGUACUCAUGCAAUGGUAGCAUGUAGUCAACCUUUAGCAUGCCAGGCAGGUUUAGAUAUAUUAAAAAAGGGCGGGAAUGCUGCGGAUGCUGCUGUUGCCGUUGCUGCUGCAUUAAAUGUGACCGAACCAACUUCUACGGGAAUAGGCGGAGAUUGCUUUUGUCUUUUUUAUGAUGCUAAGACCAGGAAAGUUAAUGGUUUGAAUGGAUCUGGAAGGUAUUUUAUAUUAAUUCAUUGCAUAACAACUUAUUAUGUACGCAAUGUUCUUGGAAUUGUUGAAAAUCGCAUACCAUUAUUAAAUAUCAAUGCUGCAACUGUUCCUGGCGCCGCUGCCGGAUGGGUUGAUACUGUCAACUGGUUUGGGAGUGGGAAAUUAAAAUUGGCAGAAAUAUUACAGCCUGCAAUUGAUUUAGCUGAAAAUGGAUAUCCAGUAUCAGAAAUAACUGCUUGGAUGUGGAAAGAUGCUGAAGAUGAACUCCUUAGUGCUUCGACGAAUGGAUGUGAUAUGUUGAUUGAUGGUCAUGCUCCAAGAUGUGGUGAAAUAAUGCGAAUGCCUAAUUUAGCUAGAACUUUUCGAGAAUUGGCAGAAAAAGGAAAAGAUGGAUUCUACAAAGGUCGAAUCGCUCAAGCUAUUGUUGAUACUGUACAAUCUAAAGGAGGAGUCAUGACUUUAGAUGAUUUAGCCUCUCAUACUUCUGAUCGUGUAGAUCCUAUAAGCAUUGAUUAUAAAGAUGCAACGAUAUGGGAAUGUCCACCUAAUGGACAAGGUAUCACAGUUCUUAUAGCUCUCGGUAUAAUUCAGUCACUUCAAGAAAGUGGUAAAAUAAGAGAUCUCAGUGAAAUGGGGCAUAACUCAGCAGAGUAUUUGCAUGUCAUUAUUGAAAGUUUACGAAUAGCAUUCGCGGAUUCCACACAUUAUGUAGCAGAUCCCGACUUUUGUGAUGUAACAAAAGAAUUAUUAUCAAAGGCAAGUGUUGUUGAAUACCUUUCAAAACGGGCACAAUUCUUUGAUCCUACAAAAGCAAAUGUUGAUGUUGAUAGGGGGUCACCUGUAAAAUCAAGCGAUACUGUUUAUUUUUCUGUAGUUGAUGAUGAAGGAAAUGCGUGUAGUUAUAUUAAUUCGAACUAUCACAGAUUUGGAACUGCCGUAAUUCCUGAAGGUUGUGGUUUCACACUUCAUGCUCGUGGGGGUGGAUUUGUUCUAGAGAAAGGACAUCCUAAUUGUCUUGAACCAUGUAAAAGACCCUUCCAUACUAUUAUACCAGCAAUUGCUACUAGAAAAGAUGAAUUAUGGUUAUCUUUUGGUGUUAUGGGAGCUUUUAUGCAGCCACAAGGGCAUGUUCAAGUACUUUUAAAUCUUCUUCAUCAUUCUUGUAAUCCACAAACCGCUCUUGAUUCUCCACGAAUCCUAAUCGAACCGCGUGGCACAUAUUUGACUGAAAUGUCUUCAAUUUCAUAUGUGAAUAUUGAAGAUGGUAUAUCGGAUAAAGUUAUAAAUGAGUUGAAAAAACUGGGUCAUCAUGUUAAAAUAGUUAAAGACUUUAAAAGAGAAAUGUUUGGAAGGGGUCAAAUUAUUGAACAAAAAUUUGAUCCGAAAAGUGGGCAGAGAGUUUGGGCUGCUGGCAGUGAUUUUAGAGGAGAUGGGCAUGUAGUUGGAUGGUAA